AUGGCUUCAAUAUCACGACGACUGCUGCUGCAAUCGCGGCAAUGCCCCUCUCGGAUACGAUCUCAACUUUCACCUAGUUUCGCGGCGCAAUGGCAACGGCCGGUUUCGACUACACGACGACAAUGCGCGAAGAAGGAUACAGAAGAAGGCUCCGCGACCGUUGCGGACGCCAAAGCCCCAGCUGAAAUCGAAUACGUAGCAGCAGCGCCUUCAUAUUCGAACCGCCCCGUCUCCAAGACCAAAUCGCACAAACACAUGUCCAAAGAAGAGAAAGAAGCCACCAUACUAUCCUCCAUCAAAGACUCACUCUCCGCCCUGGACCCUGAAGUUGUCGAGGAUGCUGUUCGCAAAGGCAAGCAAGGCAUUCCCUUUGCAAAAGACUUUGAACUGGAAAAUGACGAACACUGGGACAUUGAGGAAGAUGAUAAGAGGAAAGUCGCGACGGGAUUCUGGGCCGAGGGAGAGGAGAGCAUGGGGACGGAUGAAGAUUACUUUGGGGAUGAUGUGACGAGCCAUGGACAUGGGCAGCUACAGGAGCACAGAGAGCUGAGGGAGUACGCCAGAUUGAUUGCAUGGGAGUUGCCGCUUUUGAGCCAACUUGCACGCCCCUUCGAGCCCCCUACAGAAAGCACCCCCUUCCGCUUCCGCUACACAUCCUACCUGGGCGAAUCACACCCAGCCGCAAACAAAGUUGUCGUAGAAUUCUGCGCCAACGACCUCCCCCUCACCGCCCAGCAGGUGUCAAAACUCAUCAAGCUAGCCGGUCCACGCUACAACCCCAGCACCUCGAUCAUCAAGCUUUCGUGCGAACAAUUCGACACACAAGCGCAGAACAAGCGCUUCCUCGGCGAAACAAUCGCCUCCCUGGUCAAGGAAGCAAAAGACGGGAAGGACUCGUUUGAAGAUGUGCCGUUUGACUUUAGACAUCAUAAGCCUAAGCCGAGGUUUGAGUUUCCAAAGGAGUGGGCGCUGACGCAGCAGCGGAAGCAGUACCUGGAGGAUAAGAGGCAAAAGGUGGCGCAAAUUGAGGACGAGCGGCUGCAUAAUGGCAACUUGAUUGAUGGUAAGACGGUGAUUGAAACAAGUUUGCCGUUCAUAGAGCAGGCGCAGGCUGAGCCGGUUAUGGUUGGUGGACCGAGGGGCAAGGCGCGGCGGUAG